AAACACAGCCUCGUUCCGGAAGCUGACUCACGCGGCGAGCAAAACAUUUUCCACCGGCUCUUUCUCUUUGUCCAUACGCCUCCCUGCUAGGAAGCACCAGCCAAAGCAACACCAUGGCUAAUGUUGUCGAUACUAAAUUAUACGACAUUCUCGGAGUGUCUCCGUCCGCCUCUGAAAAUGAACUAAAGAAGGCAUACAGGAAACUGGCAAAAGAAUAUCACCCAGACAAGAACCCAAAUGCUGGUGACAAGUUCAAAGAAAUCAGCUUUGCGUAUGAAGUGCUGACCAACCCUGAGAAGAAGGACCUGUAUGAUCGCUAUGGAGAGCAGGGUUUGCGGGAAGGAGGAGGUGGUGGCCCAGGAAUGGACGAUAUCUUCUCCCACAUCUUUGGCGGUGGACUCUUUGGUUUCAUGGGUGGACAAGGGAGUCGCUCCAGGAAUGGUGGUCGGCGGAGAGGAGAGGACAUGGUUCACCCACUAAAAGUGUCCCUGGAUGACCUUUACAAUGGGAAAACAACUAAACUACAACUUAGCAAGAAUGUACUGUGUAGCACUUGUAAUGGGCAAGGAGGUAAGACGGGUGCUGUACAGAAAUGUACAGCAUGUCGAGGUCGUGGUAUGCGCAUCAUGAUCCGGCAGCUGGCCCCAGGAAUGGUCCAACAGAUGCAGUCUGUUUGUACUGAUUGUAAUGGCGAAGGUGAAGUCAUCAGUGAAAAAGACCGCUGCAAAAAGUGUGAGGGCAAAAAAGUUGUGAAGGAGGUGAAGAUCCUGGAGGUUCAUGUGGAUAAAGGCAUGAAGCAUGGGCAGAAGAUUACCUUUGGAGGGGAAGCUGACCAGGCACCUGGUGUUGAGCCUGGUGAUAUCGUCCUUGUCCUGCAGGAAAAAGAACACGAGACAUUUAGACGAGAUGGCAACGACCUGUUCAUGAACCAUAAGAUUGGGCUGGUGGAGGCGUUGUGUGGCUUCCAGUUUAUGCUCAAACACUUAGAUGGCAGACAGAUUGUUGUGAAGUACCCUGCUGGCAAAGUGAUUGAACCAGGCUCGGUCAGGAUGGUGCGAGCAGAGGGCAUGCCACAGUACCGCAAUCCUUUUGAGAAGGGAGAUCUGUAUAUAAAGUUUGACGUCCAGUUCCCUGACAACAACUGGAUCAGCCCUGAGAAACUAACAGAGCUAGAGGACAUGCUGCCUUCAAGGUCGGAGCCGCCCAUCAUCACCGGAGACACAGAGGAGGUGGACCUGCAGGAUUACGAUGUCAGCCAGAGCUCAUCAUCAGGGAACCGCAGAGAGGCCUACAACAACAGCUCCGAUGAAGAAGACGGCCACCACGGGCCGGGGGUACAGUGUGCCCACCAGUAAUCUCACACACAACCUACAUUCUACUUGGGGAGAAAAUGUAUGAGUUGCACAGUAAACGAGGAGCUAGGUUGGACUUGGUAGUUUCUCAGACACAGAUCACAUGUUAGCAAUUGACGGCACCCGUGAUCGUUCAUUAUAGACAGCACGCUCGGGUGGUUUUGAUCUGUGUCCGAAGAACUGGCACUGGGGCAGCCAAAGAUUUACUACACUGCAACUGAAACAAACAUAGACACUUUAAACGGCAACGGCAAGAUAGAGGUCCUGUAGAAUAUUUAAGACUGAUCAAACCAGAUGGUUGUCCCAGUGAGCGUGUGUUAUGUUGGAUCGGGAUCUGGCCCGUCUAUUCCCCUUGUUAAGUUCAUUCCCUUCCUCUGAUGGGGACUCCAGAUCAGUUAAACUAAGGAAUGUUUCUUGUUUGCUGCGUGUGCGUGACCUGCAUUUUGUUUUCAUAGUAUUUACAAUAAUUAAUUUAAAAACUAACCAAUGUGUAAACACAGACAAAGCAGCGGAGCAAUGUGACGUGCAGAAUCCUCCAACUCGUAUUCAUGAGCUCAUCCACUCAGUGCCGUUUGUCGGAUUUGUUUCUGAUUUUUACUGCUUCAUUUUCCUGUUAGGUUUUUACUUGUUUGUUUUUUUUCUUUCUAUUUUAAUUCCAGCAGAAAAUCAGUGUAUGUCAUUGAACUGGUUGUUGGUGAGAUUCAUCUGGUGCUGUUGUCAAGGCUGUGUGAUUGUUUAUUUUAUUUUUUUUGUAAAAGAAAAAUGACAAGUGAAACUACAAAACCCUAUAGCCUGUAUCUGUGCUGAAACCAUGUGCAUGUAAAAAGCUUUGGUUCCCGCACUUAUCAAAUGUUAGUCAAAUAAAGCAGCUCACUUCUAAUGUCUAUUACAUUGUUGAAUAAAUUGUUGAAAUUUCA